AUGAGUACCAAUCACAAUAACUUCCUUUCUCCCAACAAUGUGUCCACUCCACAAAAGUUUUGCUACUUUUUCGGAAUGGAUCCCAUCACCAAACAAAACCUCACCGAAGGAAAUCGAAAUAUGAAAGAUCUGUUGGGAGGAAAGGGUGCUGGUCUCGCUGAAAUGGUCAAUUUGGGUGUACCUGUUCCACCUGGUUUUACCAUUUGCACGGAGGCCAAUGUGUUGUUUAACAAACACAACAAUUAUGCUUCCAAUAUUGAUUUGGAUGAUGAAGACGAGAUGGCACAGAGAAAUCUCUCUUCAAGAAAUCAAUUACCUGAACAAAUUGUUUCCGAAGUGAAUGAAUAUUUGGCAAGAUUGGAAAAGGUGACCAACAAGAAAUUUGGAUCUUUGCAAAACGAGAAUGAAAAGAUCUUGUUGGUUUCUGUCAGAAGUGGUGCUGCUGUCUCCAUGCCAGGAAUGAUGGACACAAUUUUGAAUUUGGGUCUUUGUGAUGACAAUUUGCCAAUCAUGAUUAAAAAUUUCGGUGGCAAUGAGAGAUUUGUUUGGGACUCGUACCGUAACUUGAUUCAAAUCUACGGUGAUGUUGUAAUGGGAGUCAAGUAUGAACAUUUCGAAGAAAAUGUGAAAAGACAAAAACAAAAGAGAGGCAUUACUCUUGACAUUGAUUUGACUUUGGAAGAAAUUAAGGAAAUUGUGGAAGAUCACAAGAAGACCAUUUUCGAGAAAACAGACGAGUGCUUCCCUCAAGACACUAAGCAACAAUUAUUCAAGGCCAUUAUUGCAGUCUUCAAAUCAUGGACCAAUGCAAGAGCGGUUCACUACCGAAGAAUUCACAACAUUCGAAAUUUGAAAGGAACUGCUGUCAAUAUUCAAUCAAUGGUUUUCGGUAACAUUAACCAACAUUCAGGAACUGGUGUAUGCUUUAGUAGAAAUCCAGCCACUGGCGAGAACAAAUUCUACGGAGAAUAUUUGAGACAAGCACAAGGAGAGGAUGUAGUGAGUGGUGUCAGAACACCUGAAAAGAUUGAAGAGUUGGCAAAUUCUUUCCCCGAGUGUUAUAAACAACUCUUGGACAUUAGCAACAAACUAGAGAGACACUUUAAAGACAUUCAAGAUAUGGAAUUUACCAUUGAAGAGGGUGUCUUGUACAUGCUCCAAUGUCGAAACGGAAAGAAGGCCGUGAAAGCAGCUCUCAAAAUUUACUGUGACAUGCUCGAUGAAGGUCUCAUCAAUGAGAAGGAAGUCAUCCUCAAGUUGGAGGCUUCCCAAUUGGAUCAACUUCUUCAUCGUUAUCUCUCUGAGAAGGAGAUUGCCAAACACGAACCAUUGGCAUGUGGUUUAGCUGCAUCACCAGGAUGUGCUGUGGGAAGAAUCGCUUUCACCUCAGAAGCUGCCAUUGAGAUGGCAAAAGAGAGAAAAACAAAGGGACCUGUGGUUUUGGUUCGUACCGACACCUCUCCCGAAGAUUUGGCAGGUAUGCAAAUUUCACAAGGAUUUUUCACAACCAAUGGAGGAAUUACAAGCCAUGCCGCCGUUGUGGCUCGUCAAAAUGGUAAAUGUUGUGUGAGUGGUUGCUCAGCACUCAUUGUCAAUGAGCAUGAAAAGACAUGCACCAUUAAUGGUGUUGAAUUUAAGGAAGGUGACAUUAUAACCAUUGAUGGAUCCACUGGAUUGAUCUUUGCAGGUGCAUUGGAGACUUCUGAACCUUCGUUGAGUGGUGACUUUGCUCGAGUGAUGGAGAUUGAAAAGCGUUAUCGUACCAUGGGAGUGUACGCCAAUGCCGAUACAGUCGGCGAUGCCACAAAAGCCAUUGAAUUUGGUGCUGAAGGUAUUGGUUUGUGCCGAACCGAACACAUGUUCUUUGAAAAGACAAGAAUUCUCGAUAUGAGAAGAAUGAUUGUUGCCACCAAUGAGAAACAACGAGCAGAAGCACUUCAAAAACUCAAAGAAUAUCAACGCACUGAUUUUAAGGGACUCUUUGAUGUGAUGGGAGAUCGAAAGGUCACCAUUCGUUUGUUGGAUCCACCUCUCCAUGAAUUCUUACCUCAUGAAGAACAUGAAGUUGAAGAGCUCGCCAAAAAGCUCGGUGAAGACAAGAGCGUGGUUAUGAGAAAGAUUGAAGAACUCUCUGAAAAGAAUCCCAUGCUUGGUCACAGAGGUUGUCGUUUGGGUAUUACUCUUCCAAAAAUUACUCAAAUGCAAGCAGAGGCUAUUUUCGAAGCAGCUCUCACCUCUCAAUCACCAUGUGUUCAUGUGGAAAUUAUGAUUCCACUCAUCUCCUCUAUUCAAGAAUUGAAACAUCAAAAAGAGAUUAUCGAAAAAGUUGCUUCCAAAGUAUUGACACACGCAGGACACGAAAAGGUCAAAUUCCGAGUGGGCUGCAUGAUUGAAACGCCUCGGGCAGCAUUGCUAGCCGAUGAAAUUGCAACAGUUUCUGACUUUUUCAGUGUUGGAUCCAAUGAUUUAACACAAAUGACUUUUGGAUUCAGUCGAGAUGAUGCCGAGAAAUUCCUUAAAGAUUACAUCGAUAUGGAAUUGUCACAAACAGAUCCAUUCCAAAUUCUAGAUCAAGAUGGAGUUGGAAAAUUGAUUCGAAUGGCAGUUGAAAAGGGAAGAAGUGUGAAACCUGAUUUAACUGUUGGAUUGUGUGGAGAACAUGGAGGAGAAGCACAAUCCGUGCAAUUUUUACAUACAUGCGGAUUGACCUAUGUGAGUUGUUCACCUUAUCGAAUUCCAAUUGCUCGAAUUGCAGCUGCACAACAAUCCAUUCUUUCAGGCUCUGUUAAAAAGUAA